AUGCAGAUGAAGGCGAUGCAUAUGCAGAGGGCGGCGGCGAUGCGCGAGAGGCAGGCGCAGGUGCUCGGCGCGCUGCUGUACGUGUUCAGCAUCAUCAUGCUCAGCCUCGCGCGCCCGGGGGAGUACUAUCAGUGCAUGCCCCUUCUCGGAAUCGAGACACAGUACAACACCUCCGUUCGAUGCCCGCUACGGAUCCGCACUGGACGCGGUCGUCGCGUCCGAGCGGGUCUUUACAUGGCCACCAAGGUUCAUGCCCGAGCCGGAAGGGCUGUCUGGGCGAUGUCGAUGUGCCGAUCUCAUCCCUCGAUGGUCACUG